GGGCAGGAGGAGGAGGAGGACGAGAGGCGGCCCACCCCCUGCGAAGUGUGCAAGUACCUGAGCCUGGAGCUGCAGGAGACCCUGGCGCAGAGCGGCCGCUCCAAGGAAGUGCUGGAGCUGGGGCAGGUGCUGGACUCGGGCAAGCGAAAGAGACGCAUCCAAUACAACACCUCGGAAACCCGACUGGCCGAGGCGCUAGAAACCGUGUGUGAGCGAUUCCUGCAUUACAGCGUCCAUGCCGAGCGCCCGGGCAGCCUGCGGUAUGCCAAGGGUCAGAGCCAGACCAUGAACACCCUGAAGAACCUGGUGAACAAGGGGGUGAAGGUGGAUCUGGGGAUCCCCCUGGAGCUCUGGGACGAGCCGUCGGUGGAGGUGACGCAGCUGAAGCAGCAGUGCGAGACGAUGCUGGAGCAGUUCGAGGCCGUGCUGGAGGAUUGGUACUUCCGCCACCAGGAGACGGUGCUGGGAGCCUUCCUGUGCGAAGGGCACGUGCUGGCGCCGGGGGAGAGAGGGUGUCUGAGCGAGGUCUGGACAGGGAGGAAGGGUGACGAGGGAGCCCAGGAAGAGGAGGAGAAGGAGGAAGAGACGAUGGAACAACCCAGCCCGCCCACCAGGGCAGGAGCAGGCCCCAGGAGGGCGCCGUCCGGCGAAGACUCGGGACCCCCAGCGACCCCCGGGACUGUCUGAGCUCCGCCCUCGGAGGACCCCCCCGCGCCCC